AUGAGUGGAAUUCCUUCUCGAGUUGGCUCUGUCAUUCGUACGCUGGUACGACGAUGGGAGUCCAUCCAGGUGGAACUCCAUGGCAGCUAUGCGGUUGAGCGGUUCACUUCGAUGCAGAAAUACUGCAAACUCACCAGUACUUGGCGCGCGUUCGGGAUAUUGGCAACUGCCCCAUUACCUCCGUUGAUUUGCGCGGCAAUUAUCGAUGCAGUUCCACUGGAGUCGCCAAGCCUCGGUAUAACAAUUCACGGUAUGGUAUUGUUGCUGGCAAUGUUGUGGUGCUACCCGCUGCCAUUCUCGGUGCUGUGGGUGUCCGGUCCAUGGAUUUUCACUCUGGCUGUGGCGCUAUACCUCUGA